GUGAAUGACUUUACCGAACGAGGUGAAAAUGGCGGCUCACUGCAUGUGAAGGGAACGAAACGGGAGCCGGCUUUAUGAUUGGAGAUCAUGUAUAAAGCGCCAUGUUGCAGGCUGUCAGGUUUGGUUGGUUCAACUGUGAAACAGAAAUUAGUUCACUCUGUCCCCCGAUGGAACCAGACAGCGCGCAGCCUUAUUCAGCUGCACAGAAGAGAGCCAUCAAACUUGUCGACGUAUCAGCAUCUCUGCUUCCUUAAACGCCAGUAUGUAGCAAAGAAUAACAGUGAGCUUCAUCAGCGUGCCAUCCCAAAGCAGACCCCUAUCCCCCCCAUUGUGGAUGAGAGAGACCAUGGUGUGGAAACGCAGGUGGACAGAAUACCUACGAUUGAUGCUGUGGUCACAGGCCCUGUGCCACAUGUGGAGGGUGUCACCACUGAGACGCAGCCUGAAAUAUACCCAACUACAACAGAUGUGGUGGCAGAAAAAGAUUCUGUGUCCCAUACAGUUUCAGAUGAGGCUCCACACGUACACGUCGAGACGGAUGAGGCAAGGGAAGCUCGUCUGGACAGACAGUGGAAACAGCUGAAGUUUGAAGCGGCCCUCUUACCGGAUAUCUAUGCCAAACUGGCCAAAAUCAAACUUACAGCAUUGGUGGUUACAACGGCAGCAGCUGGCUAUGCAAUGGCUCCAGUGCCCUUUGAUCCGUUCAUCUUCUUUGUGUCCUCUUUGGGAACAGGCCUUGCCUCUUGCUGUGCCAAUUCCAUCAACCAGUACUUUGAGGUGCCUUUUGACUCCAACAUGAACCGUACGAAGAACCGUCCACUUGUUCGAGGACAGAUCAGCCCCCUGCAUGCAGUCUCUUUUGCCCUGGCGUGUGGAGUACCUGGGAUCGCUCUGCUCACGCUGGCUGUUAACCCGUUAACUGGUUUCCUCGGGGCCCUCAACAUCUUUCUCUACACAUGCUGCUACACACCACUCAAGAGGCUCAGUAUCACCAACACCUGGGUGGGGGCACUGGUCGGGGCCAUACCUCCCAUCAUGGGCUGGACAGCUGCCACCGGGUGUCUGGAGCCAGGUGCUUUGUUGUUGGGUGGUUUACUCUACAGCUGGCAGUUCCCCCACUUCAACGCCCUCAGCUGGAACUUGAGGGAGGACUACUCCCGCGGCGGCUACCGAAUGAUGUCCGUCACCCACCCGGGCAUGUGCAAGCGGGUGGCCCUGCGCCACAGCCUGGGUCUCAUCGGCCUGUCGACGUUGGCGCCCGCGCUGGACGUCACCCUCUGGACCUUCCCGAUCAUCUCCCUGCCCAUCAACGUGUACAUCAGCUACCUGGCGUUCCGCUUCUACCACAAGGGCGACCGCAGCAGCGCCCGCAAGUUGUUCUUCUGCAGCCUGUGGCACCUGCCCAUGCUGCUGCUGCUGGCGCUCACCUGCAAGAAGCCUCGCAGGGACCAGGAGGACGCAGCAGCGUCGCCGCUCGCGCUGCAGAGCUAACCACUCCCCGAGAGGUUUCGACACCCUCUCCGAGUUCUGAGGAGCUCUGUUAAGACUGAGACACUGCCUUGGUGUUUCAUCUCCAGGUGAUGGACCCAAUAUUUUGCCUGUGUUAAAUUUAAAACAGUCGUCGCUCACUGCACACCAGGAAGUGAUGAUAGUGCUCAGAGCAGCUGAUUUACAGAGAACACUGUGUGUGUAACUGUAUAUAUUCUGUAUUUAUUUGUACAGGGGCCCCUCUUGUGUGUUGUACAUGACUGAUAUUUUUAAUGAUGCUUUCUUUGGAUCCAUGCUGCGGCACUGAAUUUGUGAAAUAAAUGAGAGAUAGAAGGUUUAUGAAAUUAUUCAGAAGUAGCUGCUGCGCUGCAUUUAUCUGUUGUUUGACUUUCACUCGAUCCCUUCUGCCUGACCCAUAUAUUCAGCAAACACUGAUUUGCUUCACGGUUGCAUUUCUUCGUGACUCACUUGCACGAAAAACAAACGGAAUAGCUUAAAAGUCCUGUAUCCAACACAAGGGUCCUAUUUGUACGGGGUCCUCUGACAAUAAAUGCGUCAUGAAUCAUAA